AUGUAUCAUCACCAUCUUCAGCAGCAGCAGCAGCAGCGUGGAGAAGCGGAAGCGGCAGAUCAGGAUCAGGACAGCAGCAUGUCCAACCUCACCACCUCCGCCUCCGCUUCCGCCAAACCUCCUCCUCCUCCUCCCCCAACCCCGGCCUCCAACAAGCGCAAGCGAAGCCUACCCGGCAACCCCGACCCAGAGUCGGAGGUGGUUGCGCUGUCUCCGGCGACGCUGAUGGCGACGAACCGGUUCCUGUGUGAGAUCUGCGGCAAGGGGUUCCAGCGCGACCAGAACCUGCAGCUGCACCGGCGCGGGCACAACCUGCCAUGGAAGCUGAAGCAGCGCGGGAGCAAGGAGGUGGUGCGGAAGAAGGUGUACAUCUGCCCGGAGGCGUCGUGCGUGCACCACGACCCGUCGCGCGCGCUGGGCGACCUCACCGGGAUCAAGAAGCACUUCUUCCGCAAGCACGGCGAGAAGAAGUGGAAGUGCGACAAGUGCUCCAAGAAGUACGCCGUGCAGUCCGACUGGAAGGCGCACUCCAAGAUCUGCGGCACCCGCGAGUACAAGUGCGACUGCGGGACCGUCUUCUCCAGGCGGGACAGCUUCAUCACGCACCGGGCCUUCUGCGACGCGCUCACCGAGGAGAGCAACAAGGCCAUCAGCGGGGGCGGCCUGCCACUGCCACCCAUCGCGCACGCCCAGCACCACGCCAUGCUCUAUUCGCCGCACGAUCUGAUGCAGCAGCACCACCACCAGGAGCUCGCCGCGUUCCAGGACCACCAGCACCAGGUCAUGCAGCAGAAUUGCAACUUCGACGUGAAGCCGGAGAUGCAGCCGUGGCCAACCAUGCCCUACGACGACGUCCACCACCCGCUGCUGCAGCCGCUCUGCAGCGCCACCGCGCAGAGCUCCGCCACGUCCGUGCCGACGCCUACGCACCACCAGCAGCAGCAGCUUCCCGCGGCAGCCGCGCACCUGUCGGCCACAGCGCUCCUACAGAAGGCGGCGCAGAUGGGCGCCACCAUCGGCGGGGCCGGCGCUGGCGGGGCGGGAGUGCACUACACCCAGAUGGCCGGCUCGGCGACCAGCGCGACCGGCAGCGCCACGUUCGGGCUCGGCCUCUCGUGCCUCAGCAACCAGCAGAUGAUGAGCCUCGCCAGGACCGCCUCCCAGGGCCGGAGCGGCGAGGAAGGCGGCGCCUCGGGAGGGGCCAACGACGGCAUGACCAGGGACUUCCUGGGGCUGCGCGCCUUCUCGCACCGCGACAUCCUCGGCCUCGCCGGCUUUGACUCGUCGUGCAUGGGCGCCGCCGUGAACACGGCCGGCAACAACACCAACAUGGCUCCCUGCUACGAGCCACAGCAACAAGGACAGCCGCAGCCGCAGCCGCCGCAGCAGCAGAUCAGCAACGAGCCGUGGCAUGGCAUGGGUAGCCAUAGCUAG